AUGGCACUGUAUGGAACUUCUGAUGCUUUGAUGUGCAGGGCGUUUCCCACCACCCUGAGGGGGUCGGCUCGCACGUGGUACAAAGGCCUGAAGACCGGGACUAUCGCCUCCUUCGACCAGCUAGUCAAGGACUUCGAGCUUAACUUCCUUGCCUACACCCGGCCGAAACCGUCCGUGGCACUGCUCAUCAGACUCAACCAAAGGGAGUACGAGCCCCUCUCACAUUUUGUGGAUCGCUUUGCCACGCAAAUACGGGGUUUGCCGGACGCUCAUCCCUCUCUGUUAAUGCAGGUGUUUAUGAUAGGCCUGCGACCCUCUAGAAUUUCCUGGUCCCUCGCGGAGCGACUCCCCACCACGAUGCCAGAGAUGCUCUAG